CUGAGGCUUUUUUCCUCCGUUACUUUCAGUUUGAGUCUGAGGCUUUUUUCAGCGCUAUACAAAGGGACUGAGGCUGUUCCCCAUGGCUGAGGACGACCACAAAAAAAAAAAUCCACUUAAGUUGUUGGAAGCCCUGGGCAAAGAUGUCGUCAAUGAAUUUCUUGAUAGCUUGGUGGAAAAAAAUGUGCUGAAAGUAAAGGAAGAAGACAAGCAAAAAUAUCAUGGUGCCAAAGCGCAAGACAAGGCCCGGGUUUUGGUAUCCUCUCUCAGAGACAAAAAAGAAGAGGCCGUUCAAGUACUUCUGGAAACCUGCCUUCACCUGGAAGGAAAGCCCACCCAUAUAGAAGCUCCUCCAGCAAUCAAGGCUGAACCAGCUGAGUCAGCAGAAUCUAUAGAUACCCUCAAGCUUUGCCCUCAUGAAGACUUCCUGAGACUAAGUAAAGAACGGGCGGAAGAGAUCUAUCCCAUAAAGGAGAAAAAGGAUCGCACUCGCCUGGCUCUCAUCAUAUGCAAUACAGAGUUUGACCAUCUUGCGCCGAGGCAUGGGGCUGACCACGACAUCGUGGGGAUGAAGGGGCUGCUUGAAGGCCUGGGCUACAGUGUGAAUGUAAAGGAGAAACUCACAGCCAGGGGUAUGGAGUCAGUGCUGCGGGAAUUUGCUGCCCGACCAGAGCACAAGUCCUCGGACAGCACCUUCGUGGUGCUCAUGUCUCAUGGCAUCCUGGAUGGAAUCUGUGGAACGAGGCACAGUGAGGCAACGUCAGAUGUGCUGCCUUAUGACACCGUCUUCCAGAUAUUCAACAACCGCAACUGCGUCAGUCUGAAGGACAAACCCAAGGUCAUCAUUGUCCAGGCCUGCAGAGGUGCAAACCGUGGGGAAGUGUGGGUCAGAGACUCUCCAGAAGCCUUGGCAGCCAGCUCCUCACAGUCACCUGAGAACCCAGUGGCAGUCAGCUCCAUACAGUCACCUGAGAACCCAGUGGCAGCCAGCUUCUCACAGUCACUGGAGAACCUGGAGGAAGAUGCUGUUUGCAAGGCCCACGUGGAGAAGGACUUCAUUGCUUUCUGCUCCUCCACCCCACAUAAUGUGUCCUGGAGGGACAUCACAAGUGGCUCCCUCUUCAUCACACAGCUCAUCACAUACUUCCGGAAAUACUCUUGGUGCUGUCACCUACAGGAAGUAUUUCGGAAGGUACAGCAAUCAUUUGAAACACCAAGUGUUCGAGCCCAGAUGCCCACCAUUGAACGACUAUCCAUGACAAGAUAUUUCUACCUGUUUCCUGGAAAUUGAAGAUAGAAACCACAGGCAGCCCAGCCCUCAUUUAUAAACUUCAGGAAGCACCUUUGCCAGUACAUUGUACAACACAUGCGUUUAACCUUUUAUUUUCUGAUAAGAAGUCUGCUGUUCUUAUCUUUUUUCCUCUGACUACAGGGUGCCUUUUGCUCUGGCUAUUUUAAAAGUUUCUCAUCACUGGAUUUAAGGAAGUUAAUUACGAUAUGUCUUGUAUAGUUUUCUUAAUUUUGCUUGUGCUUGGGGUUCAUUGAGAUUCUUGGAUCUCUGUGUUUACAGUUUUCAUCAACUUUUUUUAAAACAAACCAUGUUUAAACUACUUAUUAUUUUUUUUCAACAAAGGUGUGUUCCAUUUGUGAACCUACAUGAAGGUGUGUGUUUCUCAUUUGUACUCUUUUCUAUACGUGUGUUAAGCUGGGAUAAAAUUUCCAAAAAUUAUGUCAAGAGAAAUUCUUGGGCAGUAAGAUUAUAGCUCAUUUGUUUUCUUUCUAUUUUCCUAUAGUAAACUAGUGAAUGUUAUAAAAAUAAAUGAAGGAUUUUUUUUUUUUAAAAACUACUUUUAAUUUUAUUCAGUAUAUUUUUUAUUUCAGGCAUUGCUUUCAAUUCUAAUACUCUGAAUUAGAUCUUUCCAAUAUAUUCUACUUCCCUGCUUAACAUGUGUGAUUUACCUUCUGUAAUUUAUGGAUAGAGUUUAAUAACUAUUGUGCUGGCUUUAUCUAUUAAUUCUAUCCUGUGCAUUUUUUCAGGGUCAGUGUCAAUUGAUUAAUUUUUCUUCUCAUAUGUAUUGUAUUUUCUUGUUUCUUUUUAUACCUGGCAAUUUUGUAUUGGAUGCCAGCCACUACUAAUUUUACCUUCUUUGGGGACAGAUAUUUUUGUAUUUCUACAUAUAUCCUUGAGCAGUUAAUUUAUGUGGAAAUAAUUUAAUCCUUUUGGUUUCAUUUUUAAGAUUGUUUUAGGCAGGACCAGAGAAGCUUUUAGUCUACAGUUAAUUUCACCUCACCUAUGAAGCAAUCUCUUUCUUUGUACCCUACCCAUGUGCCUAAUGUUUCAUAAAUUAUGUUUCUACUCUGCCCUGAUGGCACUAUUCCUGGCUCAGCCUGAGCUCCCCUUAUUGUUCCUUGUAAUUCUUAUGGCUGUUUUUUUUUUCCUGGUCUCUUGUGUUUACCUCAUAAGUAUGCAUGAUAAGUACUUAGCUGAAGAUUUGAGGGAACUUUAUGUUUCCAGAUAUUCUCUCUCUCUCUCUCUCUCUCUCUCUCUCUCUUUCUCUCUGGCACUUACCCCUGCAAAUUCUAGCCAUCUUUUCAUAUUCAUAUUACCAGCAUAUUACCAGCUCCUUCUUCUAACCUCAGACAAGCACUAGACUCAGUCCAGAUUCUUGUUCAAUGCACUACAGCCUGGAAUAUCUCUCUAAGCAAUAAACUGAAACAAUUCUAGGGCUCACCUAGUUUUUUUCUCAACUGUCAGAGAUAAAUAUCCUUCAUUGUUUGGUGUGCAGUAUCAUGAAAAUGGUAGUUUUGUAUUUUUUUCUGUGUUUUUUUGUUUUGUUUUGUUUGGGAUGUUUUGUGAAGAAUGGUGGAUCAUGUCCCUGUUACUCCACAUUGGCUAGAAGUAGGAGUCUUUUGCUCUUUUCAAUAUUCAAUUGAAUAGUAUGCUGAGAGUCCUUCUAUACCAUGUCAAUAGAUAUAGCCUUUACCCUAUAAAGAUCCAGGAUCUAGUGAAAAACCUUUAAAAGUAUGUUCAGAUGUGUCUUUUAAGCAAUAAAAGUCUUCUGUUAUUCUCAAAUAAGGAUUUGAGAAUGAGAAAUGGAGGUUAUAGAGCAAAGUAUGGAUUUGCUAUUUAUUCAUAAUGUACAUAAUUGCAUAAUAUUAUACAUGCAAAAUUUACAUACAUUUGAGGCAGUUUAAUAAAAGUGGGAAUGGAGAAACUGGAAGUGAUAAAAGUUGAAGCCAAUUUUUAAAAGUUACACAAAAUUGCCUUGGCAUGUUGGCUAUAUUAAUUUGAGUUUUACUGAAUGCAAAGUCUUAGUCAAAAACUUGUAUGGGAAAGAUUUUGGAAGGUGAUUCAGCCAUCUUCCCUUACUCGCUCUAUUCCUCAAAAAUUGCCUUAUUUCUCUUCUACAUUUUGAAAUAUAGAACAUCUUAAGAGUGCUAGAAAAAUUUACCUAGGUUAGACUGCCAUGAUCAAAGUUAGAAUCAUGUCUGUAGCAUAAGACAGGUGGUGCUCAUCCUCAGUUUGGAGAUGUAUUCUGUCAAGUUAAUUUGAAGAUCUGGUUCAGAUAAAGAAUAUGAUGGGUUUUCUUUUUCAGAGUUGGGAUAGUAAGUGGUUAAGAGAGUGAAUCUUAGAAUCUUUCUGCCUAAAUUCAAAACUGGGCUCUUUCAUACUAGCUAUGUGAACUCAGACCUGCUACUUAAUUCCUGUAUAUUUCAUUUUCCUUACUUGUUAAUUGGAGAUGACAUGACUACUAUCUCAUGGAAUUAUUGUGAAGAUUAAAUGAUUUAAAGUAUGUAUAACACUUAGAAAAAUACUUACAUAGUAAGCAUGUAAAAAUAUCUGGCUAUGCUUAUUUUGUUAGCUGCAAAGUAGUUAAUUUCUCCUAGAUAAACCUGUUAAUACUUUAAUGCUACCGUGAUUAUUUUAUUGUCAUCUGCUAUAUACCUAAUUAACUUAGAUUUAUAUAGAGAAAGAUCAUUACCAUAAUAACUAUUCAACAAUAAUCCCAGGAAGACUUUGUGAUUAACACAGAUGGAGCCAAGUUCUUUCCAAAUAAUAUAUGCUCUCAUCUGAACCUUUAUAACUUUGGGCAGUAUUAUCUGUGAAAGUAUUCACAUAAAAUGCUAUCUAAUAGUCACAAAUAAUCAUUCCCUUAAGCACAUUAUAAAAGAGCAAAAUGCUUUAUUUUCUUCUUAAAUUUUAUAGUAACUUUAUUAAAAA